AGGCCCACCAGCGAGCAACGAGACUAACAACCUUAGCAAGUGUUACAGCGGGUUAAAGAAACACGGUGACUGAUGUCCUCUGAACAUUUAGUUAGAUCAAUAUGUUGGCACCAGCAAGCCUACCAGUACUUGAAAUGAAGAAGCUACAGUUGAACGAUUCAAAAAAUCAACAAACCAAAAGCAAAAGGACAAAGAGCCAACAGACGUCGACCACAUCGCUCGACGCCGACUCGCUGACGUUCUCUGAGAUACACAAAACUGUACUCAGAGAAGUGGCAUCAGAGACAUUUACGAAAACCUAUGAGAACACAGACACCUAUGAUAGUUCUACAGAGGAUACUCUUGUUUCACCGACAGGCAAGAAGUCCUUCGCCAGCGAUGCAGGUCUUAAGGAGGGCUCUAGUAGUCUAAUCAAAUUAAAGCGUUUUUUUGUGCCACCACUGCCGCGUAAACAGAAAAACAAAGCAACCUCUUCCGACAACAGCAAUGCUUCAUUUCUAUCACACAGCGACUGUUUGCGCGUAAGGCGUACAUGGAAGAUGGCGUGUCUGCCGAAGUCCCCCCAGGAUGUUUUUCCGCUCUUGCAGUUUUCUGAGCAGUUCUAUGGUACCGUAGCGGUGUUGGAGCCAAGAAGUAAGGCGUUGUUUACCAAUUUUCUUGUGAGGAGUGGCAAGUUGACGAUGAUGUUACAUCUGAUUGUAUCAGAGGUAGAGGCAAUGGUAAUGGAUAACAAACUUGAGCACAGCAAAAGGUGUCGGGAGCGCAUCAAGCGCGUACUAUACAAGCACAAGCAAGCUAGCAUCGACACUGACAUAUUAAUUAAGGGGGGCAAGGCCCUGCUGCAGGCAUUGAUUGCGCGGUUGGGGAGCACGUUCAAGUGGACCUGUCUGCUCUGUGCCAAGAGUACACCCUGCACCUGCCAGUCUAGCGUAGGAGUACACGCGGACAAAGACAAUGUGCGCGUGGGGAUCAAGCAGUACACAUCAGCGUACUCUGCGGAUAACAUACGCCUGCCGUUGGAGAAGGACGAUGCUGCGUCGUGGAUGUUGGUGUAUGCGACUAUAGUGUACAUAUUAGAGAAUAACGGCAAGUACUCAUUCAAUGCCGAGCAGAAGACCCGGGUGUACGAUAUCUGCACCGAGAUUGACCUGGGAUUGGCCCGAUAUAAACUGGGCAUCCGGCCCACACCCCACAAAACAGGUUACAACGUGUUCCCAAUCAACCCGUUCCCAAUCAAUCGCAUGGGCGCGUGGUUGUCCAGAAGCGCCUCCAUCAGCCCCACAAAGGGCUUAGGGGAAGAUAGUGUCCCCGAGUUUUCGGAUUCGGACUUUCUAGGUCCAGACUCUGAGCGUGAACGCACACCCAGCAAUCCAGAGCUACAGGGCAUGCAGCGCAACAGAAAGGGACCAAUGCCACUAUACCGCUCAAUGGACGGCUGAUAGGUAGAUAGAUGGAUGGAUAGAUAGAUAGAUAGGCUAGGCGAACCUACUACUAGCUUACUACUAGGCUUACUACUAGACUUACUACUAGACUCACUACUAAGUUUACUACUAGACUUACUACUAGACUUACUUAAUAGACUCACUACUAAGUUUACUACUAGACCUACUACUAAACUCACUACUAGACUUACUAGUAGGGGAGGGGGCGGAUUACGCAGAAGGGAAAUAACGCUGUAGUUACAAACGCGCUCAUUUGAAACACGGCAGCAAGUCGUGUAAAGAUGGGGCAAGCAAGAGCUGUGUAGUGAGCAAUCGAGCAAUACACUAAAACAUGCAGCCAUACACAGAGGUCACACCCCGAAACCCAAGGUACAAGAACCCGAGCUAUGCGAAAUGGGUAUAGCCUUCUAAAUUAGACUGGUUAUGAAAUGGGUGCUUGUCUACGAUAAUUUAGUUGGGGAAGGCCUUGGGCGCUGAUAACCUUCUAAGUUAGAAAUUAUCGGCAACGCAAUGUCAAUUCUGCAAAGAAAAAUAAAGAACGACAUACUGUACGUG